AUGUACGAAGUAAAAGAAGAUCUAGAAAAAUCGACAGCGAUUAUAGAGACUCAGGAAAGAAUCAGAAAAGAAAGAGGAAGACUGGAGGGACAAAUACAUAAAACGGUUGGAACUAAAAUGCAAUAUGAUACUAGCAACACUUACCCAGAUGAAUUUGGAGAAGUUCAAGAUAUAGUUGAUGAAGUUUUUGGACAUCAACCUAUCAAUAACGCUCAACUUCCACAAGCCCUAGAGUUAACGCUGGAAAUUUUAGAAGAUUUUACAAGCAACAAAGAAGAAAUAGAAGAAGCAAAGCUGAUUAUUUACCUAUCUCCAAACAGAAUCAGAAGUGAUUAUGAUGAUCAAGGCAAUGGAGCGAUUGAAGAUAAUGAAAUUAUGAAAAAAGCAAAAAAGUUUAAUACAAAAGUGAAAAAUGUGCUGAACGAAAUCGAAAUUAAAGUACCAAUACUUAUCGAAGACAAUGAAUCUCUGAAAGCUAGGUGUAAUUCCUGGAAAGAGAAAGUCAAAAGGUUCAAAGUUAAUAAAGAAAAAUAUAAAAUUGAUACAUCGGCAUACGAUUAUAAAAGAUUUACUGAUAUAAGCCACUCUAAUGAAACAUAUAAUUACAGAUAUGAUAGAAACAGAUUCGAAGUUGAAAGAGAAAUUAAUGAAGGCUUGACACCUGAUAACGAUAUUUCAUUGAAGAAUAAAGAAUCUACAUGUGAAAGAUAUUCGGUGGAUGAACCUAAAAGGAUGAUCAAGAAUGACAUAAGCAAAAUGGAAAAGAACCUAUACCUAAAUGGUUUAAAUGAGUUUCAACAACCUGCUGAUAUGAAUCAUAAUCUUGAUCACGGUUACAAUAAUGGAAUUAGGAUCAAAUAUGAUAAAACCAAAGCAUUCUUGAAUAAGUUAGUAUGUAGAAUUAGUUCUUACACAUUUGAUCCCGGAAGACUGAGAUUGUUCGUGGAACGAACAAAUUAG